UCUUUGCAAAAUUUGAAGCAAGUAAAUUAUUAGCUGAUUUUGAUAUAAAAUUGACGAAAUGAUUCUGUUUUUUAAAUACUUUGGCAAACUGUGAACUUCAUUGGCUAUGAGAGAUCAGAGUGAAAGUCUUUUCAGAUCUUAAUGGCAGCUGCAAAUAUUGCAUCAACCGGAAUAGUUCUUGAAGUUCUAACAAGAGAUAAUUACUUAGAUUGGAGUGUGCUGGUGAAGAAUUAUCUCAUUGGAAAAGGUCUUUGGGACAAUGUUGUCGAGGGUAAUGUCAAUCCUAUUCAGUCUGAUGGGAAAACAAAAAAUGAUGAUGCCUUACAUUCUAAACAGUCUGAUUGGAAAUCAAAAAAUGGUCAAGCUUUACAUGCUAUUCAACUAUCAUGUGGCCAUUAUACUCUUCGCCAAAUAAGAAAUUGUGUGACAGCACAAGAGGCUUGGAAUCACUUAAAAGCUGUUUUUAGCGAAGAUUUAAGAGCAGACAAAUCUUACAAUGAUAUUGAGCAAGGAGGUCUUCAAAGUGAUAUUGACAAGUUUCAUGUAGCAGUGAAGAAAGGCAUGUGGAAUGACGCGAUUUUGUUUAUCAGGAAUGACGGAGAUAUUAUUUCGCAAAAGUCACCCUCUAAUGGUUGGACUUCUCUUCACGUUGCAGUUGAUGCAGGACAAGAUAAAAUCAUGCAGAAGUUGGUUGAAAUGGGGGCAUUGCUGACAGAGAAAGACUGGGAGGGAUACACACCGUUUGCUCUCGCUGCUAAAUCAACAGAUGAUACAAAAAUGGUUAAGUGGAUGCUUGCUAAGGGAGGAAAUGAUCUACUGACAAUGAAAAUAAAAGCUGAUGAUGGUAAAGGUGACAUUCCAGUACUUCUUGCCGCAGCAAAGGGCCACAAAGAAAUGACGAGAUUUCUAUUUUCCAUGACUCGAUGGUUCACUUUAACUGACAACAAUUAUUAUUAUGGUGCUAAACUUCUUUCAUAUUGCAUCCAUGCAGAAAUAUUUGAUGUUGCAGCAGCAUUAAUCCAACAUGAUGGUACACAAAUACCCCUUAGUUAUGAAUCUCAUCAAUGUACGCGACCUAUAUAUGGAUUAGCUCAUAUCCCUACCGUAUUUCACAGUGGAACCCAACUAAAUUGGCACGGACAAAUUUUUUAUAAAGUAUUGUGGAUACCACCCUACAUACACCUUGAAAGGAAAAAAAUCACAAUUGAAUCGCAAGAUGGAGGAUCAAGUACAUAUACUUUUACAGGUAAAAUUCUCAGGUUGCUGAAAUCUUUUGCGGGUACCGUGACAAAAGUUAGAAAGUAUUGUCCUUCAAUAAUGUUAUAUUUUGGUCGAUAUGUUGGGAAAUUUCAACCGAGUAAAUUACCUUAUAUUAAGAAGAUAUAUGAGAUGAAAAUGGAUCAUUACCUCGUAAGCGAGAUUAUGAGGUGUUUGUGCAAAAAAAUUGAGAAAAUAUCAUCAGAAUCAGAGUUACAUCAAUGUUCAAUUCAUGAUGCUAUGUUACAAGCAGCCAAGUAUGGAAUUAUAGAGUUUAUAAAUUCAAUGAGGGAAGCAAAUCCUGACCUUUUAUGGGCUAUGGACAAAAACAAAAGAGGUAUAUUUGCACAUGCAAUUUUAAAUCGUCAAGACAAAGUGUUCAAACUCAUAUAUGAGAUAGAUGGCCAAAAAGGGCUUAAAACGUCCGUAGACAUAUUUGGAAAUAACUUACUACACCUCGCAGCUGAAUUAGGCCCAUCCUCUUAUCGUGGUCGUCGAUCCAAUGCCGCUCUUCAAAUGCAAAGAGAACUUCAAUGGUUUAAGGCGGUAGAGAGCGUUGUGCCUCCUAUGUGCAAGGAGGCUAAAAAUGCAGAUGGUCUAAAGCCUCGUGAAUUAUUUACGAAAAAUCAUGAGAAGCUUGUGAAUGAAGGUCGACAAUGGGCAAAAGAUACAGCAAGUUCUUUCACAAUUGUUGGUACUCUAAUCAUUACCAUCAUGUUUGCCGCUGCUUUCACUGUUCCAGGAGGAAACAAUCAAUAUAAGGGAACACCUAUUUUUUUGUGUAAUGAUGCAUUUUCUCUCUUCAUUAUAGCAGACGCGUUAUCUCUAAUUACAUCUACUUCGUCAGUUUUGACAUUUAUUGGUAUCCUUACAUCGCGUUAUGCCGAGGAAGACUUCGUCACAAGUUUGCCGGUUAAGUUAUUGUUUGGCCUUUUCACCAUUUUCUUGUCUGUGGUAUUCAUGAUGUGUGCUUUUUGCUCUGCACUUGCUCUCAUGCUAAAGGGGUACCGCUGGAUCGUAAUAGCAGCAAUAUCAUCUUCAGUUAUUCCAAUAUUAGUGUUUAUGUUGACGCUCUUACGCAUUUUUUCAGAGGUUUGCGUUUCUUUUGUGCAAUCUUAUUUCCUCCUUGGGAAGAAACAAAAAUAAAUAAUAUGGUUGUGUUGUUUUUUUA